AAUACCCUCUUGCUGCAUACCUUUUUCGCGUUCAGUACCGUCCAGAACCGUCGCAAUUGAGCGCCUGCGCGGAAGCGAUCGCUCAAUUGCGACGGUCAACUGGCCUACUCCCUUGCCUGGCAGUCACGUGCCUGAGCGCCUGCCCGGCCUUUGUUCUGGUUCUCGCCUUUCUGGCCUUUUUCAGCAGUUUCCGCAGUUACCCAAUAACCGGUUUUUGCCCCACCUUCCACGCGAAAUCCACAUCUCGUACGGCCCCGUACGGCUCCUUCCGGCCUCCACCUCAACUUCAUUUACAUUUUAUGCCUCGCGGAUCUCGCUCCGGUAAGGGCAGAAAGGGUGGAAAGGGCACGUCCGGAACCGCUCCGACCCCGAACGGAGGCGGCUCGGCCUCGAACGACAGCGGACGCGCCUGCUCGGAGCUGCCCGACUUCCAGCCCUGGGUUCCCCCCAACCAUCCUAGCUGGACGCCCCCGGACACUCGUGUUCACGGCCAUCAGCUCCCGAACGCGGAGCUAGAGGAUGACCAGCCGGACGAGACCGUUAGCGAGCAUUUAACCGCCUGGGUCCUUAAGCACGUCUCCAAGAAUGUUUCCGCCGCCGUUCGUGCGCUCGCCCAGAACUACUUUAAGAUCAAGCGCAUCAUGGGCGUCCGUACCCGUCCGGGCGCGGACGGAACCGCUUACUACAACACUCUCAACCUAAAGCGGGGUGCCAAUUGUGACGCGGCCUUCCACCAUCUGUACGGCAACUUACGGUCCGGAACGGACGCGUGCGGCCCGUGCCAGAGGGGUUUGGGCCCGUUCGACAGCUGCGUUCAGAUCAACGGUGCCUGCGCGAACUGUCGCUAUAACUCCGCGGCUAAGCGCUGCACUCUCUACGUCAAGGACGGAGAUGCUAAGCCUAGGGGUAAGAAGCGCGGCCGUAAGCGUAAGGCCCUUGACGAUGACGAUGACAUUCUUGACGCCAUCCGUUCCGUCCCCCUCAAGCACCUCCGUACGCUCGCGGACGUCUUUAAUAAGGUCGCCGACGAUGUCGAGGACGAGACUGAUGAGUCUGAUUCUGAUUAA